AUGAAAUCGUACUCGGAGAGCCAGUGUGUGAUCAUUUCUGGCGAGUCAGGUGCCGGAAAGACCGAGGCCGCCAAGCGGAUUAUGCAGUAUAUCGCAUCGGUGUCGGGUGGAAGUGCCAGCUCAGAUAUCCAGCGAAUCAAGGAUAUGGUUCUGGCUACUAACCCGUUGCUGGAAUCGUUUGGUUGUGCUAAGACGCUGCGUAAUGAUAAUUCGUCGCGUCAUGGAAAGUAUUUAGAGAUUCUGUUUAAUGGUCAGGGUGAACCGGUAGGUGCUCAGAUCACAAACUAUUUACUGGAAAAGGCCCGUGUGGUGGGCCAGAUCCGUAACGAACGGAAUUUCCAUAUCUUUUAUCAGUUUACAAAGGGUGCCACUCAACAGUAUAGAGAGGUUUAUGGCAUCCAGGGCCCUGAAACGUAUCUUUAUACAUCGGCCAGUAAGUGUACUUCGGUCGAUAGUAUUGACGAUGUCAAGGACUUUCAAGAGACGAUUAAUGCUAUGAAGGUUAUAGGUCUUACUCAGGACGAACAGGACUCGGUGUUUAGAUUACUCGCAGCGAUAUUAUGGAUCGGUAAUAUCGAUUUUAUUGAGAACGAUGAGGGCAGUCAGAUUAGAGACAGCUCGGUCCCGAACUUUGUCGCUUAUUUGUUGGAUGUAGACGCUGCCAGCAUUGAAAAGGCUCUUACGAUUCGAAUCGUAGAAACGUCGCGUGGUGGACGUCGUGGUUCGGUUUAUGAGAGUCCUUUGAAUGUGGUUCAGGCCAAAGCAGUUCGAGACGCUCUUGCCAAGGCUAUUUACGAUAAAUUGUUUGACUGGAUUGUUUACAGAGUGAAUGAGUCGUUAAAGGCACAGAAGGGAAGCAGCUCGCUGUCAAUUGGUAUUCUGGAUAUUUACGGGUUUGAGAUUUUUGAAAACAACAGUUUUGAACAGAUCUGUAUCAACUAUGUCAAUGAGAAACUGCAGCAGAUUUUUAUUCAGUUGACGUUGAAAUCCGAACAGGAAGAGUAUGUUCGGGAACAGAUCAGCUGGACUCCUAUUGAUUAUUUCAAUAACAAGGUGGUGUGUGAUUUGAUUGAGGAAAGACGUCCCCCCGGUAUUUUCUCGGUAUUGAACGAUGCAGUGGCUACAGCACAUGCUGAUUCAGGAGCUGCUGACCAGAAUUUCGCCAUGAAAUUGAGUAUGUUAUCGAGUAACGCACAUUUUGAACAGCGUCAAAACAAGUUUUUGAUCAAGCAUUAUGCUGGUGAUGUCAUGUACGAUAUCAAUGGUAUGACUGAUAAGAAUAAAGACCAGCUGUUGAAAGAUUUGUUGGUGCUUAUUGAUGGUUCUAGCAAUCAGUUUUUGAAACAACUGUUUCCUGAUCAGGUCGAUACUGACAGUCGUAAGAGACCUCCUACUGCCAGUGACAAGAUCAAGAAAUCUGCCAAUGCUCUUAUGGAUACAUUAGCUCAGGCCCAACCGUCGUAUAUCCGUACUAUUAAACCCAAUCAGCAUCGGUCGCCAUCUGAAUACGACGAAAAAGCCGUGCUUCACCAGGUUAAGUAUCUUGGUUUGAAGGAAAAUGUGCGUAUUCGUCGAGCUGGUUUUGCAUACAGACAAACUUUUGACAAGUUUGUCGAGCGGUUUUAUCUGCUGUCGAGAAAAACGUCAUAUGCAGGAGAUUUUAUUUGGCAAGGAGAUUCUCGUUCGGCUACUAUUCAAAUCUUCAAGGAUACAGGAAUCCCGGCUUCCGAGUACCAAAUGGGUGUUACAAAGGCAUUUAUCAAGACUCCCGAGACUCUAUUUGCACUUGAACACAUGAGAGACAUGUAUUGGCAUAACAUGGCAGCCCGUAUCCAAAGAGCUUGGCGACGACACCAGAAGUUUAAGGCCGACUGUGCCACUAAAAUCCAGCGUGCCUGGAGAGAGGCUAAAGGAAGUAAAAAGUAUAUUGAACUUCGUGAAAGAGGCCAUGCCGUGCUUAAGAAUCAGAAAGAACGUCGUAGAAUGAGUUUACUUGGAUACAGACGAUUCUGGGGUGAUUAUCUGGCUUGUAAUGUCAAGAAUUCGCCAGGUGGCUUUAUGAUGAAAGCUAUUGGUGUAACUGACACAGUGCGAUUCUCGUGUCGUGGCGAGAUUUUGUUUGCAAAGUUUGGUCGGUCGAGUCAGCGUUUGGAUAGAGUUUUUAUCCUGACUGCUGGUAAAUUUUUUGUGGUUGCCGAAUCGGUUAUACAGAACCAGCUGUCGUUCGUCGUUGAACACACGUAUGCUGCCUCGUCAAUUCGAAGUGUGUCAAUGACGAAUCUUCGAGACGAUUGGUUUGCACUGAAUACGGGAUCUUCCAGUGAGCCUGAACCGCUGUUAUGGUGUUAUUUCAAGACCGAACUUGUUACGUUGUUGAAUGUGCCAGUGAAAAUCGGGCCCACAAUUCAGUACAAUAAAAAGCCCGGUAAGCCCAGUACAGUGAAAUCUCAACGAGACGAGACUGCUCCACCCAACUACGAUGCUUAUAAGAGUGGAACGAUCCGUGUUCGAACUGGUCAACCUGCCAACUCAGUAUCAGAACCAAUUCCAAAACCCAAACCAAAGGUUAAAUCAGCCACUACCACCAGAUCUACACCUGCUGCCAAACCUAAAACCCGUCGUCCUCCUCCUAGAGCACCCACUGUUACUGCUCUACCCUCACAAGCAGCUGCUGGAGUCCCACCUCCACGAGCCGCCAACACCUACAGCUACCCUUCAUCGACCCCAGCAGCAGCAUCAUCAAUUCCAGCCGGUCCUGCUGUUACAGCCCAACCUGCCUCGAUGACCAACAACACCCUUGGAUCCGGACCAGGAGCAGCAGCUGCUGCUGCCGCUGCCGCUGCUAUGUCACACACCACCUCUUCGGCCCGACAAGCACCUGUGAAAGCAACUCCUUCGCCAGCAGUUCCCGCACAAAGAACCUCACCAGCUGCUAAACGAGUAUCACGAGUACCCCCUCCACCACCUGUGGCAUCCUCUAAACCGUCACCACCGCCUCCAGCACCACCUGCUCAACCGACUGCCAAAGCACUUUACGACUAUGCCGGCACAAGACCGAACGAACUGUCUAUCUCCAAAGACGAGAUAGUCUAUGUUCUCCAGAAAGCCGAUAACGGCUGGUGGCUAGCGGAAAAACUCGAUAAAUCGGCUCAAGGAUGGACCCCUGCCUCGUACGUGGAAGAAAUCAAGGUCGAAUCUGCACCCCCUGCUGCCGCCAGAAAAGCUCCUCCACCCGCACCACCCAAGAAGAAAGCCAUUGGCUCGGCACUGACGCCCAAUGGCGGAGCCGCCACGCCUUCUUCCGACCAAACCCCGUCACCAACGCUCGCGUCUGGCCUCGCCGAGGCACUCAAACAGAAAAACCAGGCCACAAACCACCUCGCGGGCGGACUCGCCGACGCCCUCAAAGCACGGGCCGGCCGCCACGAAAGCGAAGACGAGGGAGACGACGACUGGUAA